AGAAUCGAGUAUGUACGGGAAAUACAGCUUUGUUUCUCGGCAUUGAGAUGAUAGCGAGGAACAGUCUGAAAGCGAGCUCCUUCUUCACCGCCUUUGUGGUUUUCUUGUUAUUUUCCCUGCCAUUGUGCAAUGGGUUGGACUGCUACAACUCGUCUGUGACCGUAUCAUCUCCUGAAGGUCUAUGCGGCAGCCGCACGUUCAUGGCGGCAUCUUGUGCAGACGACCAAGGAGCAGCAGAUGACAUGGCGAAGCAGAUGUAUCAAGUGAUGCUGCAGACGUUCCUGCCCAUCGGCUAUGACUUCCCGACCAAGUACUGGCCAUGCAGCAGCUUCUACGAUUGGGCAUUCUGCCAUUCCAAGGUCAAGCAGAGCGCUAGCUGCGGAGGGAUGUGCAACAUGCUGUGGGGAGUGAUGGAGUCGGCCAUGACGCGGUGCACCUCCUCGUCGCAAUGCUCGAAGCCGAGCAUCAACGUGAGCAGCGUGUCGUCGUACAAGAAGCCAUGCUGCUCGAGCAUGAAAGACCUUGUUGCCUCCUCUUGCACUCUGACCGGCACCGAUCUUGAGACUGCUGUGAACAGUCUCAGGACUGACAUCUAUCCCAAGUGCUCAGACAAAGAUUGUUUCACCUUCUCAGCAUCGAGAGGCAGCAAGACGGGGGUCCGAGUGACUGUUGUGCUGUUGCUGAGCAUGGUGUGCCUUGUUCGAUCGAUUUUCCCUCCUUUGUAA